AGUGCUUUCCUGGGUUAACGCUCAAUGAUCGGGGAGCUCGUUAAAGGUCUUGACUACUUCACCUGGGCUGUUCCCGCAGCUGGACCCAUCCGCUCAGCAUUCGGCCCGACGGACCCAGCAACGAUGAUGAACUCAGAGUCCAGUCCAUAUCCUGACCCGGAUAAUACGGAAGCCCCAGCAAGGUGUCGUACUGGCCAUUCAGCUCGCGGCGAAGGCCUGCCUUGGGCCCCGUCUGUGCGGACUCUCUACGAUGUAUUCCUUCAUGCCGUGAAAAGCCAUUCCAAUUCCAAGUGCCAAGGCACUAGAGAGCUCGUUCGUUACGUCGACAUGGGUCAGCCCUUACCUGGGAAGGAGUUCGGCAAGACCAUAUGGCGUACUUACCGUGAAGUCAAUAAGCGUGUGUUGGCCUUCGGAGCCGGUCUGCGUGCCAUUGGAAACAACCCGCAGCCACACUUCGUUGCCGAUGUCGAUUCUUUGGGCGGGCCCAUUUCCCUCGUCAUUUUCGAGGAUACUUGCGCUCAGUGGAUCACUGCGGCCCUUGGAGCUUGGUCUCAGAAUAUGAUAGUAACUACCAUAUAUGGUACGUUGGGACCGGACGCAGUGUCACAAGCCUUCAUGGAGGGCCAAGGGACAACUCUACUGUGUAACAGGAAAAAGGUGGCUGGGGUCGUCGAAGCUCGAGAGACGAUGCCCACGUUGAGGCAUAUCAUCUACACUGAUGAGGGAGUUGACAAGAAGGAGAGGAUGAAACCUUUGCAGUUGGCAGAUACUCACGGCAUUGAGAUUAUCAGUUUCGAAGAUUUGCUCCGACGUGGAUCAAGUGUCAUCAAAGAGUGGCCCCCGGUGUUGCCCGGCAAGGACAGCAUUGCUACUAUCAUGUACACAUCUGGUACGACUGGCCACCCUAAGGGUGUUGUCAUAAGACAUCGCCAUGCUGUAUUCUGCAUCCGCUCGGUACUGCCAGUUGUUCUUGAGCGUCUACCGUCCAACUUCACUCAUCUGGCGUACUUACCUCUGGCUCAUAUUUUUGAACUGGCGGUUCACUUGGGGUGCCUUAGCUGUGGUGCGAGCAUCGGAUAUGCUGAUCCUAAAAGUCUAACGGCUACUUUGAGUAAACCGCGUGGAGCUCUGGAGGAAUUCAGACCGCAUAUGUUCAUCGGGGUUCCUAAGAUAUUCGAUGUCAUUAUGAAGGGAGCUUUGGCGAAGAUUGCCGCGGAAGGACAUACGAAGAGGAGCCUCAUUAACGCCGCAUUUGAGUCAAAGGCUAAGGCCAUUGAAAAUGGCAGAUUUACUCCCAUAUUCGACCGUCUAGUUUUCUCCAAGUUCCAAGCUCUUCUAGGUGGACGAGUAAAGAUAUGCGUAUCGGGUGGAGGUCCGCUCUCUGGAGAUGUCCAGAGAUGGGUGAGAACAGCCUUUGGAUGCCAAGUUAUUCAAGGCUACGGCCUCACAGAAACUAAUGCAGGUGCCACGAUUCAACUGAUGGACGACCUUAGAACGGGUGUAGUGGGUCCACCUAUUCCUGGUAUGGAGAUCAAGCUUCGGUCAUGUCUUGAUGCUAAGGCUCCGCCUCAAUUCGGUGGCCAUCAGUUCUUCCAGUGCGACCCAUUGGCGCGAAGUGGCACUGAACUCGUCCCUUACGAGAAUCUCAAUGAUGAUUUCUGUGAUUGUAGCAACGGUGCAGAUGAGCCCGGUACAGCUGCAUGCUCGCACUUCCCAGGAGCAGCGUUCUAUUGUGAGAACAAAGGCUCCUUACCGAAAUUGGUCUGGGCUUCCCACGUUGGUGAUGGAGUCUGCGACUGUUGCGACGGUUCCGACGAGUGGCAACUUGGUGGCUGCGAGAACUUCUGUUCAGCGGAAGGUGCGAAGAUUCGUCAACAACGAGAGGCUGAUCUCGAGCGCAUUGAGGCGGGAUUAAAGCAGAAGGAAGAAGAACGGUCCCACACAGAUGAGAAAAUUGCCCUAUGGACGAAGGAAUUGGAAGAGCUCAAGGCCAAGCUUCCAGGGCUCGAGACCGUUAGUCACACAGCGCAAGUGGAGCUCGGGCAGCUUGAGCACGAGGAGCAUGUGAAGAGGGAAGCUGAAGCUGGGGCGGAAACUGGAGAGAAUACUCCCGAGGAGAAUGACGUCUCCAGUGGGGAGACCGAGGACACAGAAGAUGAGAGUGAGUACGCUCAGUGGAUGGAGCAUGAAGACGAUAAGGAUGCUAGUAGUGAGCCGAAGGAGCAGACUCCAGUCGAAAUUGCACGGGAAAAGGCUAACAAACUCCGCGCUGAGGUCGACGAUAUCAAGAAGGAGAUUGAGCAGCAUGAGAAGAACUUGAAAACCGAUUUUGGGCCCGACUACGCAUACUUCAGCCUCGCUAACCAAUGUGUCGAGGCGUUGUUCGAACAUUAUAACUAUAAGAUAUGCUUCUUCGGGAAAGCGACUCAGACGGAGAAGAAGAUCUCACUCGGAUAUCCGACUGGGAGAGUUUUCUGGCUACUACACUGA